AUCGCCAAGGCAGCUUUUGAACAGGCCAAGAAAGACUUUGAGCGCCGCAAUAGUCUAACAGACCAAGAUAGAGCUCUUCUCCAGGGUGUAUCGUCUCUCGAAGAUGUUCAAAAAGCCGUCAACGAAGCAAUGGCCAAGUACGAGGCCAAAGCCGAAUCAUCGAACACAAAGAAAUGGCUCCAGCGGUUCUCUGAGACCGUCUGCCAUUAUAGUCAAGUCCUCGAUGUCUUUGUGCAGCAUCAUCCCGAGUACGUUGCCUUGGCCUGGGGGGCCAUGAAACUAGUGUUCAUAAGUGCCGUGAACCAUUCGGAAACCCUAGAGCUCCUAUCAACAUCCCUUCUUGAAGUCGCGCAGCGUCUUCCACGCGCCAAGGUUCUCUCAAUGCUAUAUCCGACUAAGGAAAUCUGCGUCGCCGUUGAGAGGCUCUAUGCCGCGAUUCUAGAGUUCCUUCUGAUGACUCACUCGUGGUUAAAUGAGUCCAAGUUCCGCCACAUAUACCACAGCUUCACACGACCACAUGAGCUUAGGUAUAAGAAACUACUUGAGAGAAUGGCAGAUUGCACCAAUGAGAUCAACGAGUGGGCGGAUGUAGGGGUUCGCACUGAAGUCCGGCAAGGAUCGAAGGUAAGCAUCGAUAAAUUCGUCAAAUUUCAUGCUAACCAAGAUGAAGCCCUCCAUUCCAUUACAACCAGUGGUCAGCUGGAUACCAACCAGAAACUGUCGGAGCUGCAACUGUCCCAAGCACUCAACAGCUUGUCUCAGCAAUUUGAGGACCCUGAUCAGUGCUUCAAGCAGAAUCUGUUUUUCCGAAAUCGGAGAGCUUCCGGCCGGGGCUAUGCCAUCUCAACCAACGAAUUCUGGCUGUCACCGAAGCUUGCAAGGUGGUCUUCGGGCAACGACUCAUCCCUGGCAAUCAUUAAGGGUACCUUCACACUACGAUCGGCCAUUCAAGAUUUCGGCGUCAAUAUAAUAGAGUCUCUCUCAAUAUGUACUGUCCCAACGCUCUGGGCAUUGACCAGCUCUCGGAGGUCACGGUCAAGCCCGACACUGACAACGACGGACUUGGUCAAGUAUCUUACUUACCAGGCACUGAAGGUUCCCGGGGUUGUUCAGACUGAGAAGCAGAUGUCAUGGCGCUUUUCACAGCUUCAAACCGCAAGGAUGCUGAGAGAAUGGCUUACUCUGUUCAAGCACAUCAUCGGCGGCUUGGGAGGACAGGUGUACAUGGUUGUUGACCUAGCCAUCGUAGGCUCACUCCUUGAGUCUGCAGAAGGCCUCAAUUUCAUUCAAGAGUUAAGCCAGGCUCUAGGCGACGUGUCUGAACGGGAGAAGGAAACCAAGGUUAAGACGGUGCUCCUAGCCUACGAAGCGGAGUGGCUUAGACUCAUACCGAGGGAGCUUUCAGAUAGAGUUAUCCCAGUGAGGCCAAUGAAAACAGGAAGGCAACGAGGAAAGGAGAUGAAAAGCUCGAUCAAUAGGCAAUUAAUUUCUUCUCGUGGCACAAGACGGACUCUGCGAGUUUAG